CUCAGGAAGGAAGGAUGAAGGCUCUUGGGGUAUACGUGGUACUAAGCUUUGCAGCCGCAGUCUACUGUGUGCCUGUCUCCAAAAUAACAGUGCAAGAUGAAAGUUUUGCAAAGGGUUACCUGAAGAGAUUCUUCAACCUGACAGAGGAGAAAAACCCGUCACUUCGGAAAGGAGCCAACCCAAUGAACAAGAAGCUGAGUGAGAUGCAGAAAUUCUUUGGUCUCCGGAUAACGGGCACUCUGGACGACGACACUCUGGAGGUGAUGAAGAAGCCCCGCUGUGGAGUCGCAGAUGAAAACAUUGCCCGAUAUUCGACUUUUGGAGACGGCCUCAAAUGGAAAAAAAACACCAUCACAUACAGGAUUGUGAAUUACACCCCUGAUAUGUCUCAGGCAGAGGUGGAUGACUCCAUUCGAAGAGCUCUAGAGGUUUGGGCCAAAGUCACUCCUCUGAGGUUCACAAAACUUACCAGUGGCACGGCUGACAUCAUGAUCUCCUUUGCUCGCCAAUCACAUGGUGAUUAUUACCCCUUUGACGGGCCUAGCGGUACUCUUGCCCACGCCUUUGCUCCUUCCCCUGACAUCGGAGGAGACGCUCACUUUGAUGAUGAUGAGACCUUCACAUUUAGUUCAAGAAGAGGCUACGUCCUCUUCCUGGUUGCUGCCCAUGAGUUCGGCCAUUCUCUGGGCUUGUCCCACUCUAACGAUCGCUCUGCUCUCAUGUACCCUCUGUACUCAUACAAAGACCCCAACACCUUUGUUCUGCCCCAAGAUGAUGUCAGAGGCAUCCAGUCGCUUUAUGGUUAGUGCUUAAAUGAGGAAUGAGGAACAAGGUGGCAGCAGCCACCGAGAAAAAAGGUGAAUAUAGCUUUGGCAUUAACAUCUAAGGGAAUAUUAUCUAUACUUUAAAUUUGUACAAAUGCUCAUUUGUCAAGUUUUGUUUUCUGAGUCACGGGGCUAACUGCUGUAGUACUACAGCGGAAUGUACAUGUAUGACCUGUGGAGCGGGAAGUUGCUAAAUGUGCUGAAGAACACCUACCUGCUUGGCUGUAAUUAGCUUAAGGCGCUUUAUUUUUGGCAUUACGUAGCUUUUCAUCUUAUCUAACAAUGUACUUCAUGUAGAGGUAGUGGAAUAAAAUUUAGGCAUACACUCUUCUGAAUUAAAAAAAUAACCAAAAAAUAAAUAAAAAUGUCAUCACCUAGUUGGAGCUGAAACCAUUAUUUGUCCAAUGAAUGUGUGAAUAAAGAAUCAUCAUUCGAAA